CAGGUUCAACCAACCUCACUUCCUACACGGAUAAUUCUCCAUGUCUUUGACUCCAUCCACAUGUGUUUCAAUAGAUUUGGUAUUGCUUGUGAAUAUCACCAUCGCCCUUCAUAUGACCUGGAUGCAAUAGUAUCAGCAGAUGAACUCUCAAAUAUAUGUUGGAGUCCUGGAUUCAAUGUCAGUGACAACAGCAUGUUGGAUGUUGAGGCACACUCAGGUGAUCUGUCCUCUUGGCAACCACCCUGGCCUUGGCAAAACAUGUCAGUCUGGAGGUUGAUGUCCUGGAUGGUGACAGGAAGUGAUCAGAAGUUGAUGGCAGAGGUCAAACAUCUGGUGAAUAACGUGAUCAAAGUGGAGGACUUCAAUCUCCAUAAUUUCGAGCACUUCAAUCUUGAUGUUCAGACGAAAAAUUUUGAUAAUUCUGAAGAUAGCGCUGACAUGGGAGUUCUGCAGCGGGAUGGAUGGAAGCAAGCUAAUGUAGAGAUCAUGGUGCCAUCAAAGGGGAAAAAUCCUGGAGGGAAUGGGCACCCAUUCUCUGUUUCUGGACUCUUCUAUCGGCCACUUAUUGCAGUCAUCCAAGUGAAGGGGACAUGA